UAUCACCGGCUUUGGGAAUUUAACUCGAGGACGAUUUUCAAACUCUGCAAUUGAAAAAUGGCCACUCAUUCAUCGAGAUCGGAGAAUAAAGACGCCGGAGAAGAAGAUGAGCUCCGACGACGAAACCCUUAUGAAGUCCUUGGCAUCCCCAGCAACUCGACUGAUCAAGAGAUCAAAAGUGCUUAUCGAAGAAUGGCUCUCAGGUACCAUCCUGAUAAGAAUCCAAACGACCCGGUUGCAGCGGAUAUGUUUAAGGAAGUUACAUUUGCUUAUGAGGUCUUGUCUGAUCCUGAGAAUCGGCGUCUAUAUGAUACUACUGGCUCUGAGGCUGUGGGUCAGGAAAAUGAAGAUCUUGAGCUCGAUCUUUCGAGCUUAGGAGCUGUUAAUACUAUAUUUGCCGCGCUGUUCAAUAAGCUUGGUGUGCAGAUUAAGACAACUGUCUCUGCAAAUUUAUUGGGGGAGGCGUUGAAUGGUACGGUUACUACUUUGCCUCUCAUGGUUGGGCAAGUCGUGUCCAGGAAGGUUGAAAAGCAAUCGGCUCACUUUUAUUCGGUUACCUUAACAGAGGAAGAAGCCCAGGCUGGAUUGAUAUGUAAGGUGCAGUCAUCUGCUAAAAACAAAUUCAAGUUGCUUUACUUUGAACAAGUAGAGAAUGGAGGACUGAGCUUGGCCCUACAGGAAGACAGCAGGAAGACAGGAAAGCUCUCGACUGCAGGGUUGUAUUUUUUCGGCUUCCCUGUUUAUCGUUUUGAUCACAGGAGGGCUCUCUCAAGGGAUCCAGAAACCGGAUUUUUCAAAAGGCUUGAUACAUUCCAACCGUUUGAGAUCACUGAACUUAAAGCUGGUUCUCAUGUCUUUGCUGUUUAUGGUGAUAAUUUUUUCAAAAGUGUGAGCUACACUCUAGAAAUAUUCUCAUCUGCUCCGUUUGCUAAUGAGAAAGAGAGUCUUCGGUCCACUGAAGCGCAGAUAGUCUCAAAAAGAUCCGAGCUAUUGAAGUUUGAAUCUGAAUAUCACGAGGUCUUUGCACAAUUCACAGAGAUGGCUAGUAAAUGCACAGGGGAAGUGCAAGAGAUUGAUGAGCUUCUUAAGAGGAGGAACGAGAUAUGUGCGGCGUACACAAUCUUCCCACCAUCGAAGCAAGGUUCAAGCAAGAACAGAAGCUGGAGCAAGGGAAAGAGCAAGAAGAAGAGCAGUCUUUUAAUGGAACCUAGAGAAGAAGGAGAAGUCGCAGUUAGGGAAGAGGAUGGAGUGAAGAAGAAGAAAUGGUACAACAUUCAGCUUAGGCAAGACAAGAAAAAAAACUGACGAGAGUACUCAAAUCUUGAGUUUUUUUCAGGCCCAUAGCUAUGUUCGAGAAAUGAUAUAUGUUUCAGUAAUAAUCUCUAGGGAUUAUC